GCCGCGGUCGCGCAGCCACUGUUGGACGAGUCGCAGCCGCACCCGGCGGCCUUCGGAGAGUGCUGGUCGGACUGGCGGCACCGACGAUCUCGAGGAGUUUACCUGGACCAGCCCAGGCUCUGGGAGGGUGAGUGGGGCGACGCGCGCCAAG